AUGCAGAGUUAUGGUGGGUUUGAUAUUUGUUUUCCUUCUAGUAGUAAAAUCUGUGAAGAUGAAGAAAUCGAUGCAAUAGUUCCUCCUAUUUUUACACCUUCAACUAAGGAGAAAGGAUUUACUGGUCUUUUGGAGUCACCUAAUGAUUUUCCUUCUUUAUCUGUGGAUAAAAUUAUUGAUGUGGGUGCAAGUGUGCCAGCAUUGAAUACAAUUAUUGAACUAUCCUCAAGUGAACAAACUACUAAACAAGUUCACAAUAUAUCUGAUGCUAACAAUAAUACUACAAAUGAGAUUUUAUCUGCUCAAGUUUUGUCAAAUAUAAACACAGAGGUUGCUACUUCAGAAGGUUGGAAGGAAGUAACUGGAACAAACACUAAAGGAAGAACUGUGAAUCAUAUUCCUAAUUCAGGUAAAGGUUUUGCUUCUCCAAGUAAGUUUCAAGCUUUAAUUGAAGUAGCUGAAAAACAUGAUCAUAUUUUUUCAAAAGUGAUUAGCAAACCUGUUAAAGGGAAGAAUGCUAAAGAUGCUCCUAAUGUCAUCACUAGAAAACAAGCAAGUUUUUCAGUUAAAUCAAAUGUUAGUAUGGGAGCUUGUCUCACUAUGGAUAAAAGAGAUUUAUGGGAUGAAUUGAUGAAUAUUAGUCAAAUGAAUUAUCCUUGGAUGAUAAUUGGAGAUUUUAAUGUGGUGUUGAGUUAUGAGGAAAAAGUUGGUGGUAGAAGACCAUUAAGAGUAUCAAUGCAGGACUUUAGAGGUUGUCUAGAGUCUUGUAAUUUAAUUCAAGCUACAAGAACUGGAAUAAUAUUUUCCUGGUGCAACAAUAGAGCUGGUAGAAAAAGAAUUUUAUGUGAUCUUGUUAAAGCAUUCUACAAUCUCAAAUGGCUGGAAAAAUUUGAUGGUUGGUCUUAUAAAGUGGGGGUAAGAGGUACAUCAGAUCAUGGUCAUUUGUUUGGUUUUAUUGUGAAUAUUGGGAAGCCUGUAAAUGCACCUUUCAAAUAUCAACCAAUUUGGACUUCUCAUCCUGGUUUCCUGGAAAUUAUUAAAGAUGCAUGGAAUGAAACAGUUUUUGGUAAUCCUGUUUUUUCUUUCAUGAGUAAACUAAAAAGGUUAAAACAAAUUUUGAAGAAGUGGAAUUGGGAGGUUUUUGGAGAUCUCAGAGUUAAAGUUCAGAAAACUGAAGAUGAAGUACUUGCUGCUUCUAUGCUAUUAGAUGCAGAUCCUGAAAAUCUUGAGCUUUUAAAUAAUUUGGUCAUAGCAAGGGGGAGACAAGAGAUUUCUUCUCAAUAA